AUGGCUAUUUUCUCUUGGGCCAAGAAGGAUAAAUCCGGUACAGAGAAGGAUUCAUCUUACAACGAGAAAGACUCAUCAUACAACGAGCAGGAUUCCACUUGCAAUGAGAAGGACAUCUUUCCCUCAGAUCUAGGCCCAGAAAUCGUGGCCUUCGAUCAUAUUACAUGGUACGUGGGCAACGCGAGGCAAGCCGCAAGCUACUAUGUCACGCGCCUUGGAUUCGAGCAUGUCGCGUACCGAGGCCCCGAGACAGGCUCGCGGACUCUAGUGGCCUACGUGGUUGCCAACCGAGACUGCACCUUUGUCCUUAUUUCGCCUGGCCGCGCUCCUAUUAUAGACGAAUUCAGUGAUGAAGCGCUCAUGUUAUCCGGUGUUCAGACAUUUUUGGCCGAGCACGGAGACGGGGUAAAGGAUGUCGCAUUUCGGAUUGAAGGUGAUGUCGAGAGCGUCUCGAAGAGAGCCGUCUGCAAUGGUGCGAAGACCAUCACGCCGCCGCGGACUAUCAAAGAUGGGGAUAAUGGUACUAUCAGCUUCGCUACUGUAGCGGCGUAUGGACCGGUGUCUCAUACGCUGAUCAACCGGCAGAAUUAUACGGGGCCUUUCUUUCCCCAGUUUGCUGCAGUGACUGAGAAGGACUCGAUCAACCGGAAUCUUCCACCGAUUGACUUGAUCGAAGUCGACCACUGCGUGGGGAAUCAUCAAUUGGACUGUCUUGAUUCUGCAGUGAAGUACUACGAAGAGUGUUUCGGCUUCCACCGCUACUGGACCGUGGACGACGCGAACAUGUGCGGAGAGUACUCGGCCAUGCGCUCCAUCGUCGUCGCCUCGCCCAACGAAUCAGUCAAGAUGCCAAUGAACGAGCCGGCAUCGGGGAAGAAGAAGUCCCAGGUCCAAGAAUUCGUCGAGUACCAUGGUGGCGCCGGAGUCCAGCACAUUGCCUUCCGGACGGACGACAUCGUCACGGCGGUCAGCCGACUGAAGCAGCGCGGGAUGGCGUUCCUGCGCGUCCCAGACGAAUACUACACCGACCUGCGGCAGCGGCUGGCGAGUGGUGGACCCAAGAUAGCCGAGGACAUUGACAAGUUGCAGGAUCUCCAUAUCCUGGUGGAUUUCGACGAGAAGGGCUACCUGCUCCAGAUCUUCACCAAACACAUACUAGAGCGACCGACAGUGUUCCUCGAGGUGAUCCAGCGGAACAAUUUCGACGGGUUCGGCGCGGGCAACUUCAAGGGCCUGUUUCAGGCUUUCGAACGAGAGCAGGCUCUACGAGGAAACUUGUCCCCAGUUACAGCAUGAAGAAUGUAUUAGACAGGACACGACAAGACAGACAGAGAGGGGGAGUGGUUCCGCAGUAUCGGCAAGGAGAAUAGCCGGGGCGGAAAGAGGGCGCGAGGAAAG